AUGAUGAAAAACGAGACUUCUUCUGAAAAUUCCGAGCAGCCUUACGAAUUUGCAAGUGAAAUUACCCCACAGUUCAGUUCUCCAGAGAAAAAGUCUAUUACUUUUAAUGGGCAAUCUUCAGAUGAGGCAGUUGAUUAUUAUUCUUAUCUUUCGUCGUUUGAUAAGCAUACAGAAUCAAUCAUCCCAAGCCGAGACGCUGAAAAAGUGCAAGCUAAAAAGCAGAAAGAACAAGAAAGCCCCAGCAAAGACCAAAAGAUAAAAGAGCAGCUCGAAGAAUUGCGCGAUCAGAGUAUAAGAGAAAUUGAGCUAUUAAAAAGAUCUUUUUAUGAGAAAGAAAAAGAACUGGAAGAAAAAUCGGUGAGAAUAGAAAAUUUAAGAUUAAUUGGGCCGUCACCAAUUUAUGCUCCAGAUCCUUUUGAGUCUGAAAGGACUCCUAUAAGACGGAAUCAAUAUGAAGAUUUCGGAGGACAAAGGCUGAAAAUGGAAGAAGAAAGCUUAAAAACGAAGAUAAAAGAAGCAGAAAUUGAGCUGAGAGAAGAGAUAGAAGAAGAGUUUUUCCAAGAAAAAAAUGAUAUGAUUGCUAGGUAUCAAGCUCAAACUGAGAGAGCGAUUAAAGACACCAAAAACGCAUUAGACCAGUUUUGAAAAAAAAGGAUGCAGGAUCUUGAAAGAGAGCUUCAAGCGACUGAGUCCAAGUUUUUUAUCAACCCAGCAGCUGAUGAAGAAAGCAUACAAGAGUUUUAUGAUCAGCAGUUGAAGGAUAAAAUUGAAGAAGAAGUGGACAGGCUUCAUCGUGAAAUUGACAAAACACUCAAAGUUGGCAUUUGUCAUAUAUUUUAUGCUAUAUUAAGGGGGGUGGGGGUGCCAUCUUUGAAAGAGGGGUGGGGGUGUGCCCAUUUUUAAGGGGGGUGGGGUUACCAUUUUUUAGGGGGGUGGGGGUACCAGUUUUAGGGGGGGUGGGGGUGUAGGGUUGCUACCUGUGCUUGACCAAAUAUGACAAUCUAUUUAAAAAAAGAGUCAGCCAAACCCAUAAAAGAACAUCUUCUAAAUCUCUCAUUUAAUAAUAAAAAUUAAAAAUUAUAAACAUUUAAAAUAAAACAGUUCAUUAAAAUCUUCUAUGGAGAGAAGUAAGCUAAAGCAGUCAGACAUUGAUAAAUUUAAAGAGCAAUUAGAAAUCGAAUUUGAAGUAAAACUUUACAGUGAAAAAGAACUAUGGAAAAGAGAACUAAUGCCAUUAAUGAUUGAUGAGUGCAGAAAUAAAGCAAAAUUAGACAUAGAAAGCAGUCUAUAUGAAGAAGAAAUUAAAUUGAGGGAAGAAGCAAAAUUUGAGAUGGAAGAGCUUAUAGAAGAAGUAAAAAAAGAGUCAGAAAAUGUAGUUUUAUUGAGAAUCAAAAAAAUAGACGACGAUGAAAAGCAGCGAGAAAUUGAUUAUAUUGAGAAUUUACAAGUAGAAGCACAAGAAGAGCUGAGAAAAGAACAAGAUUUUCGCUUAAAAGAAGCACUUACAGCUAAAUUAAGAGAAAGAUUGGAAAAAGAAAUCAGACAUGAGCUAGAAGGGAGGAUCGAAAUGGAAGUAAAGCUGAGAAAAGAAGACCAGUUUAGACAAGAACUAUUAGACGAAAUAGAAUUUGACUAUGAACAAGCUGUAGUGAGGCUAAAAACCGAUAUACAGAACAAAAUAUUAAAUUUAGAAGAAGAAUUCGCUGUCAACCACAACCACAUCGUAUUAGAAGAGGUCGAAAAAAAACUUUUGAGAAGAGAAAAAGAGCUAAAUAUUGAUUAUAUGAAAAAAUUGGAAAAAAUGAAAAAAAAAUUGUCAGAUGAAUUUGAAGAAGCACAGUCUAAGCAAGCUGCAGUAAUUUUCAUAUAGAAUUCAGCUCAGCUGUUAGAACAAGAGAAAGCUGAAGUUGCAAGGCUGAGAUCUCAGCUGAACGUUCUGCUGUCAAAAGUAAAAGAAUCGAGAAAAAAUGAAAUUGCUAGCUUGAAAAGUCAAGAAGAAAUGCUAGAAAAAAAAUUAAGAGAAAUUCAGUAUGCCCAGCAGUGCAAAGAAGAGUCUCUUGGAAGACAAAUGCUGUCUUCAGGGUCUGAAAAAAUACUAGGAAAUAUCAGUAUUUCGAGGCAGCAAUCUCCUCCAAAGGAGACAGCAUCAAUGCUAUAUUCCCCUAAAUCCCCAUCAAAAGUCUUUUUUAUUCGUGGGGGUUUCACACAAAAUUUUCAAAUUUUUUAUAUGAAUAGAUAGAAAUUGGCUUGUUGCGAAAGGUUUUCAGAUAAUGUCCAAAAUUCAACUUUUGGGUAUUUAACACCCAUAAUAAUAAGCAAUUUCAAUUUUAUUGAUAUAAUUUUUAGAAUCAAAAAUUUUGUGCAAAAAGCCACCACAAGAAAUUACCUAUUACUUGAGUAAGUGGGGGUCUCAAGACCAAGACAUCGUUAGGAGUCUUCCAAAGCCUCUUUUGCCUCCUUCCCUUCUGAGCACACUUGCCCAUGAAAGCCCUAAAAAGCUAAACACUAUAGAACCUCCCAGCUCAUCUCGCAAACUUCUGAAAUAUUCCAGCGCCAAAGAGCUCGUUUCAGAAUUAAUCCUAAAAAAUCUUGAAGAAGCCAAACAACAAGCAUGGGCCCUUCUCGAAGAAACUGAAAGCCCUCCUGAGCUCCAGCCUAGCCCUUCUGAGCCCCAAUUCUCCUUACCAAGCCCCAGAAUUUCUCCUCAGCUAAUUCCCAAGAAACCCAGUGAGCCAAAAUCCAAACAUAAACGGUACCACGACCUGCUUAACCAAAGGCACGGAAUAAUUGAGCCAAGACGUAAUAAAGUAUAA